AGCAGCUGAAGCACCGUUAGUCUGAUUUCCUGUUUUUCUGCCACAUUCGAGCAAGUUUACAAGAAACAUUCUGUGGAGCGUUUUAACUGUGAAGAUCUUCUCUGUGGAUCAAAGUGUGCGAGCAAAGACGAGGAAUUGAAGUUUUGUUUUUUUCUGAGAGUGAAACUGUUUGACCGCGUGGGAGGUGAAAUGGCGCAGCAAAGAUUUCAGAUGGACCAGGAGAAACUCAGCUGUUCGAUCUGUUUGGAUCUCCUGAAGGAUCCGGUGACUAUUCCCUGUGGACACAGCUACUGUAUGAACUGUAUUAGAAGCUACUGGGAUAAAAAAGACAGGAAGCAAACCCACAGCUGUCCUCAGUGCAGACAGACGUUCAGACCGAGGCCGAAACUGAAGAAAAACACCAUGCUAGCAGAUUUAGUGGAAGAAGUGCAGAAGACAGAACCUAAAGCUGCUCCAGCUGAUCUCUGCUAUGCCGGACCUGGAGAUGUGUCCUGUGAUGUCUGCACUGGGAGAAAACUGAAAGCUGUCAAGUCCUGUCUGCAGUGUCUGGUCUCUUACUGUGAGCAACACCUCCAGCCUCACUAUCAAUCUCCUGCAUUUGAGAAACACAAGCUGGUCGAUCCGUCCACGAAGCUUCAGGAGAACAUCUGCUCUCAACACAAUGAGGUGAUGAAGAUCUUCUGCCGCACUGAUCAGCAGUGUAUCUGUUAUCUCUGCACCAUGGAUGAACAUAAAGGCCACGACACAGUUCCAGCUGAAACCGAAAGAACCAAGAGGCAGAAAGAAGUCAGGCGGAACCAGCAAAGGAUGCAGCAGAGAAUCACAGAAAAAGAAAAAUGUAUGAGGAUGCUUCAGCAGGAGGUGGAGGCCGUCAAUCAGUCUGCUGACAAAGCUGUAAGCAACAGUGAGAAGAUCUUCAAAGAUCUCAUCCGUCUGAUUGAGAAGAGAAGCUCUGAGGUGAAGCAGCAGAUCAGAUCCAAGCAGAAAGAUGAAGUCUGUCGCUUUAAAGAGCUUCAGGAGGAGCUGCAGCAAGAGAUCAGCGAGCUGAGGAGGAAAUAUUCCGAAUUGGAGAAGCUUUCAAACAUCGAGGACCACUCAGAGUUUCUACAUGUUCCACCGUCACAAAUCUGCGACUGGACGGACUCGCCAAGCUGCUAUUUUCAUCCUCUGUCCCACUUCGAGGACUCCAUGGCGGCUGUGUCGAAGUCUGGAGACAAACUGUGGAACGUUCUCAGCGAGGAGUUGAGCAAGUUCUCAGCGACAGAAGUGGACCUUCUGCUCCCGCAAUCGGAACCAAAGACCAGAGCUGAGUUCCUACAGUACUCUUGUGGCAUCACGCUGGAUCCAAACACAGCACACAUGUUGUUAAUCUUGUCUGACGAGAACAGAAAGGUGACAACAAAGGAAACGUCUUUCUUAACAGUGGUGCAGUUGGUGGUGGAGAUGUACGGUACGACGGAAAACCAGUCCUUCACCGACAGGAUUCAGGUGCUGAGCAGAGAGAGUCUGACUGGACGGUGUUACUGGGAGGUCGAGUGGACGGGAGUCGGCGUUUCGGUGGCGGUCUCGUACAAGGGCGUUCGGAGAAAGCGAGAGGAGAGUGAAUAUGGAAACAACGACAAGUCCUGGGCUUUACAGUGUGAAAACAAAGGCUUCACAUUCACACAUGACAAGAGGAAAACGUCCAUCUCGGUCUGUCAGCCCAGAAUCGGAGUCUAUCUGGAUCACAGUGCAGGUGUUCUGUCCUUCUACAGCGUCUCUGACACCAUGACUUUAAUCCACAGAGUCCAGACCACAUUCACCGAGCCGCUACACGCCGGACUGCAGCUUCAACUGAACUCCACAGCCGAGUUGUGUGAGCUCAAGUAAACCAAAAAAGGCAGUAAACCUUCCACAGACACGAGAGAAUGGAGUUAAAUCCUGUUUUAAAGUGAGUAAAAUGAUGAAAUUCAAAUUCAGAGGGAUGAUAAGAGAAGGGGCUGCA